CCGCCGGCGUCGUUCCAUUCAAAAUGGCGUCCGAGUUUGUGCGUGCGGUGGACCGAAGCUAACCUCAGCUUCCAUGUAGAGCAGGCUAGGAGCGAUUAUCAGCGAUGGCUUCGAUUUACAUCGAUUCUUUCAGUUAUCGGGAUAUGAAACUGAUCAUCUAUAAAGUGAUUAAUUUGAACAUUUCUGCAUGUCUGCGUAUAUGGGAAUAAAAUGAAAUCCCAGUGUGGAGACAGAGGAAUAAGCCGGUUUAAUCCUUGCAGUCGGAUAGAGGCGAAGCUAAUGUUUUGUAUUUGCACUUCCGGGUUCGGACCGUGAUGGAGAUGGACCGAGAGGACGGUACCGAAUCCGUCCUGUCUUUCGCCGUGGAUGUCAAUGAAAACCGAGCUGAAGGAUAUAAAACACACACACUCCGACCUCUGGCUCAGACUCAUCGUGCUCACAGGAACAGUGUGUUUUAUUCAGGUCCAAAUGAUACCGGGAACUCAGGAGGAACCCGGGUCGCUUCUGAGGAAACCGACAUCAAUGGGUUUCCAGAACCGGAUGGUGUCAUUGAGCUGAGUCUGGAACCAAAGGAUAGACCAAGCACAUCUGGACACAUCAGGACAGCAGAUGGGGAAACGGGAUAUUUUGGAGAAAUCAAUCCCGACCUGAAGCAGAACAGAAAUCUCCAUUGUUCUGGUGCUCAUGUGACAACAUCUGGAUUCAUAAACUCAGAAAAUGGAGAAGAGACGGAUCUUUGGGGAUUCCGUGCCAGUCCAAUGAAAAAAAGUGAAGGAACAGACGGUAUCAGGGGAACCAAUGGCCGUCUGAUCACAUCUGGAGAAACGUCAGGUACUAGAGGAAACCUCUCCAGCUGCUUUAUAUCAAGAGAUGGUCCUCAGACUGCAUCUGGACACGCAAGCACAUUAGCUGGAAGAGCUACAGAUGUCCAUGCCAGUACACUUGUGAUUGCAGAAUCCAGUUGCAACCCGACCACAUCUGCACAAACAUCUGGUGCUAGAGGAAGCAGCAUAAACCGGGCUAUAACCGGAGACGCUGCUAACGUUGGCGAAAUUAACGGCAAUCUGCAGACUGCAGCUAGAACCAUAAACACGUCGGACGGAGAAGAUGCAGAUGUUUGUGAUUUUCACGGCAGUCCAGUUGUGAUCGGAGAAACCGUCGCUACUGGAGAAUCCCAUGGUGAUCAGACAACGUCUUGGGGAACAACUGGGACUCGAUGGGAAACCAGCACUAGUCUGAAAUCAGCUGAUGAAACGGUGGAUAUCAAAGAAACCACUGCCAAUUUAGCCACAUCUGGAGAAACAGCAGCUCGCAGGAGAACCAACAUCAAUACAGCUGUUAGAAAAAAAACCCCAGGAACCUGUGAAACAAACAUCAGCCCAUGUGGAGCUGAUAAAGUGGUGGAUAUUGGAGAAACCAGUGGGAGUGAAAUGUCAGGAAAUGAUGCCAAACUGAUCACUUCUGGAGAAACAGCAGGUUCCAGGAGAACCGAUCUUGGCCAGGGUGUAGCUGGACCUGGUGGCAGUCUGACCACACGUGGAACCUUAAGCACAUUAGAUGUCAAAACAGCUGCUAGUGUAACUGGAGAUCCCACAAGUGUGAAGGAAAGCGAUGUGAGCCCAGCGGAAGCUGAUGAACCCAUCCACAGCCUGCCGCUUACGCACGGUGUGUUACCUCAGGAUCAGGUUACUGGGAAUCUCCUGCUGGGAAAGGAUGCUGCCAAAAAAAAUCCUGAGUGUCCGGUAUGUCCAGGGGUGUGUGCCGGGAAGAGUUCCUGCUGUAUGGAACUGGAGAUGAUACCAAAUGGAGAUUUACAGAUGGACAGUAAAGGACCUUUUCCAAACGAAGCUCUAGAGAACGGGGUCCGGGUGGGAAACUGUGGAUAUCUAGUUAUAAACCGAAGAAGCAUUUCAGGGACCUCCUCCAUCCCCGUUUAUUCCAUCAGGGAAUCUCGGAAUGCCACGGAACGUCCACAGGAAGCGAGGAGCUGCUCAGAUCUCUCGUCAGAAACCAUCUCGGACCUCUCAGAACUUUAUAUAGGUAGUGUUAUUGAAGUGGUGAGCAAGCAGGAGACGGAAGAUGCCGUCGGUAUGGCGAGACCACGGACUCUGAGGACUAAUCCCGGCCAGGCGAUGUCGCUCAGCUGCGACUCCACCCCCCUGAGUCACGAUAACGCUGGAUAUUUCAUGGACGAUGGAGACAUGGAUGUUAUUCUGAACAGUUUGGAGCUCGGCCGCCGACAGAGCGCUCCUGAUGAACUUCAGCAGAGUCAAGACAUCGAUCCGGAACCUUCAGCCGAGCAGACGCUGAGCAGGAGGCACGGCUUCACCGACUUCCUCACCAGAAGUCUGUUUUCCUGGAAGCCCAAAGAGUCGAAGACCACAGCCGCUGCUUCGGGGUGGAGAAUAUUUGGGAAGAUUUCUCCCAAAGGAAACCUCACCGGAGACUCCGGAAUGCCACAGCAGGCUGAACCAGUGAGACGUAAGAAUCUGGAGUUUGAGCCUCUCUCCACCACGGGUCUCAUUCUGGAGGACAGACCUGCGAACCUGCCGGCCAAGUCAGAGGAAGAAGCUCAGAGACACAGACAGCAGUACAACGAGAUGAUGGCAGGAGCCAAGAGGAGAGAGCUGAAGGAAGCUCAGCGUAAGAAGAAGCAGAUGAAGGAGAGACACCGGCAGGAGGAGAGCAUCGCUCGCGCCGUGGUCGUCUGGAACACAGAGAUCCUGCCCAACUGGGAGAACGUGAGGAACACGCGGCGUGUGAGGGAGUUGUGGUGGCAGGGUCUCCCACCGAGCAUCCGCGGCAAGAUCUGGAGCCUCGCCAUCGGAAACGAGCUCAACAUCACCCCCGAACUGUAUGAAAUCUUCCUGUCACGAGCUAAAGAGAAGUGGCGCAGUUUCAACGAGACGGGAUCACUCAGCGAGAGCGAAGAUUGUGGUGUAGAUAAGGAGUCCAGUCUGGACCUGAUUAAGCUGGACAUCUUCAGGACUUUCCCCUCGCUCUUUAUAUUCCAGAAGGGCGGACCGUAUCAUGAUGUUUUGCACAAUGUCCUGGGAGCGUACACGUGUUACAGACCUGAUGUAGGAUAUGUACAGGGAAUGUCCUUCAUAGCUGCUGUUCUUAUUCUGAACCUCGAGGAAGCUGAUGCCUUUAUUGCCUUUGCAAACCUCCUCAACAAACCCUGUCAAAUGGCCUUCUUCAGGGUGGACCAUGACCUGAUGCUGAAGUAUUUUGCUGCGUUUGAGGUUUUCUUUGAGGAGAAUCUUCCGAAAUUAUUCCAGCACUUUCAGAGCAACAGUCUGACUCCAGAUUUUUACCUCAUAGACUGGAUCUUUACGUUGUACAGUAAGCCGUUGCCUCUGGACGUGGCGUGUCGUGUGUGGGAUUUGUUUUGCCGUGAUGGAGAGGAAGCCCUGUUCCGCACGGCGUUGGGAAUCCUGCGCCUUUAUCAGGACGUCCUGCUGCAGAUGGACUUCAUCCACAGCGCCCAGUUCCUGUCCCGCCUCCUGCAGAACACCCCGGCGCACACACUCUUCACCUGCAUCGCUAACACACACAUGAUCAGCAACAACCGCCGCUGGAACCAGGUUUUUUCAGCUCUGAUGAAAGAUGGACCUAAAGAAACCGAUAAAACAGGAAGUCCAGCGCUGAGAAGCUAACGGCCCACGCCUUAUGAAGUAUGAGAUUUUGGGAAUAUUUAGACGGAUUGUGGUGUACAGUAUUAACGAGUCGGACUGCAGAGAUUCAGCAACUCGUGGAAGAUUUGGGGAAGAAACUCGGCAGAAGACAUUUCUCUGUGUGCGUGCGCGUGUGUGCGCGCGGGUGUGUGUGUGUGUGUGCGUGCAUGUGCGCGUGUGUGCGUGCGUGUGUGUGAGAGAGAGAGAGGUUUGUUUCUGUAAAGUUAUCAUGCCAAAUGUUUGUGAAUAUAAAGCAAACACACACACAAGCGUGUGAUUACGUUACAGACUGAUUGUUGUGUCUAAGUGACCGCGAGUCAUCGGGGCGGAGCUUAUUGUAUAUAUGAUUAUAUGACAUCACCUCUAUAUAUUUUUUUAGGCAAUACUGAGUUAGCCUAGCUAACAUUAAGAAUACCUCAGUAGCUAGCAGUAGCUAUCUGACAUUCAGCAGUUUGGGAGCAAGCUAGCUAACACCAGUUAACUAAGUAGCCAGUGUCGUGAUGCCAUAUGAUCCUAUGAUAUGAACCUAAGCUCCGCCCUCCGUGACGAAACGGCAGCGUAAGAACGAGAUUGCCAAAAUGUUAACGUGUUUUUACGCUAAACAUUACUUGAAAACGAGCAACACAAACGACACUUUAUUUCCGUACGUUGUGACACGUCAUCAUAACGCACGUGUAUGGUGUUGAUAAACGGCUGUCGCGGUUUUGUUUUGUUGUUUUUUUUUUUGCUAGCUGUUUAUAUUUUUUGUUUCAAAUCGUUAAACUUCAGCAACGACCAAACGUGUAUCUAAAUCUGUUUAUCAUCAACGUUGGGAUUUAUCUUGUCCAGCUGUGAUAGAUCGAGAUGUAAAUGUAUAAUCACUAACAUCCAAUCAGAUACAUAUUUACACACACACACACACACACUCCACACACACACACGAGCUUGCUCCUAAUGCAGUAGCGUUGAUUGUGGCCUUCAAACUCAGAGCUGAUCUGUGAGGCCAAUACACACAAGUGCAAUUCGUAAGCUCACACACACACACCCACACACACACCAGCUGUCUGACACAUACUAGUGCCAAACCUUAUAUUACUCACACACACACACACACACACACACACUCCUUUUGAAGCUCUUAUGUGUUUUUAAAAUCUUUUUUUUUUUUUUUUUUUAAGUCCAGAGAGACCAGGUUUAAAAUGAUUUCUGUUCUCAGCUCUGUUCCAUACAUGGAGAACUUUAAGGUUCUUCAGUCAUCCCUCUUGCAGGUUUUUAGGCAGGUCCUGGAUGGUUGGUUUAGGGAUGAAAAGUUCCACAUUUCCAUAAGUCUACUCUGUUUCUUUGUAGAACCUUUCAUCAUCAUCACCAAUUAUAAAACCCUGUUUUGUAGGAGAACCCCCAGCCUUAAAAUCAUUGAAGAACACCUUGUUCAUCAUCUAGAACCUGAAGUCCUUGGUACUUAGCACACUCUUAGAACGAGGGUUCUCCAAGGGUUCUGUUGAUUAAGUAAGGGUUCUUGGCUUGUAUAGAUUGGAUCUUCUCUGAUAGGGAAGAAAACAUAAGGUUCUAUAUUUGAAUGUUCCUGCAGGGUUCCUAGCCUGUUGAAAAUGGUUCUGCUUAAAACACCUUCUGCUCAUCACUGUGCUCUAGGGUUCUGUGUAGGUUCAUUUAGAUCUCUAACAGUAUCUUGGUUUCUGAGGUCUUUCUAAUCAGAACGAGUUUUCAGCUUUCUGAAAGGGUUCUACUCAGUAGCUAAUGGAUCAGUUGUAGGGCUCUAGACUAUUUAAUUGGUGGAUAAUUAGGAGCUUUUGACUUCAUGCAAAGGUUCUAUUUUCUGAUCCCUCUUCAGUUUUAGGAUUCGCUUAGGGUUCUCAGCUCCACUUGGAACCCUCAGGAACUCUCCUAUUGGUUCUACCUGAAAGUCUUUCUGAUAAACACUAAGCUGUAGAGCACUUUCUCACACGGUUCUCUGUGGAACCUUCUCUGGUCAGGAAACACUUACAGGGUUCUGGAUUAUUUAAGGGCUCACUUGAUUAAGUCCUCGCAUGAUUAACUUCCAAGUAAUGGUUCCACUUUCUGAGAAAUGCUCAUUUGUUGGGUUCUGCUUUACUGAAGGGAUCUUAAUCAUGUACUUUUUCUUAGCUUCCUGAAAGGGUUCUACCAGAGAUCUCCAUGUAAUAGAGGAACUGGUACUUGGUUCCAUAUUAUUUUACUUGGAACCCUUUAUGCUGAGCAAACAUGGCGUUAGAGGGUUCCACAUAGAAGGGGAACUGAAGAAGGGUUUGAGAAAAAACAGCAAUGCCAAAGCUCUAGAAUAAAUAAACAAACAAUAAUAAUUCAAGCCCCGCCCACUUCCAUUAAAGAAAGCUGUUUGAUUGAUGUGGCAGGCAACCAAUCGUAGCCUUUUCCUCACGUGAGUUUUUUUUUUAAUCUAUUCACCGCUAACUGCCUUUUUCAGUUCUUUCCUCUGAAGUGUCUCAUACCUGAGAACUGAGAGCCAAUCAGAAUCCAGCCCUGGAGAGAUCCUGAAUCUCGUGUCCAGGAAAGCGUACAAAAACACAUCAGAUGCUCUGUAUCCAGUGGGCGGAGUCUCCAAGGUUGCGUCUUUAAAAGUAGCCAUGCUCACUAGCAUAGUUAGGAUUUUUUAAAAGGAUUUUUCAAGGCUAAAUUUUGUACUUGUAAGCUUUCCGUUUCCACACGCGACGUUCCUGAUGUUCUGAGACGCGAGUAUGACCUAGUGAUGAUGUAAUCACAUGGACGAUAUCAGCCAAUCACAGACUGACUGAUUAAAUAAUAAUAAUAAAAAUAAUAAUAAUAAAGAGUGGUCUCUCUGGACUUCCAUAUGAUUCUGAGGUUGUUUUUGUUUUUUUAACAUGCGAGAACCACAGUGAUGCAAAUGUUUUCACUCCCUUCCCUCCUGACCCUUCUAACAGGAAGUAGCCAGUAGCUGCUUUGAAAACGCACUUCCUGUUUUGUUCUAUUUCAAACUCCAAACUCAUCUUUGAGGCCUGAUGGAUGUUUUAUAUGAGAUGGUUUUGACCAAAUGAUUUUCUUAACCCGUUGACUCUGAUCCCCGACGCUCCGGAGUCACGUGACACACUAACCCACUUCACGUGGAGCCGCUUGCUUCACACACGCCAUGGCCUCGCCCACUAACCCAAACGUGACGCGAUUCCUUUCAUCUGAAGCGUCGGAGUUUCACAGGAAGUACCGUGACGGGACUCACUUGCUUUUUAUUUCCUUUUUAAAUUGAACUCAUUACUGUACAGGUUUUUUUACAUGCUGUCAGUGUUAUAAAUAAAUUGUGAAAUGAUUUCUUUAGAUUAGAAAUGUAAAUAUAAAUUAAUUACAUUCCCAGC